CAUCACAAUCUAUAUUCAGGUAUCGACUGUGUGUUGUUGGGUGUUGUGGUACCUUGUUACUACCUUUCUCCGCUUUCCUUCUUCUCAACCUCCGGAUACAGUCUCUCCUGAUCUUUACCCUCCUGUCGACGUCCUCGUUUCAUCCCUCCAUCUCGAAACUCUACGGGUACGAUGCAGUCCACUUCAAAAAGGAAAGCCGGCAAACCAGAUGAGGAUACUGCGAAGAAGAAACAGAAUAUUUCCACUUCGAUGCAAGAGAAGCCGAAAUUAUUCCCUGAUGAGCAAACCGACUGCCAAGCCAAAACGCAAAACCACGAUUUCCAUAAGACCUUUACCCCUCCCGAGUUUGAGCCGUUUCAAUUGCUCUUCCUACUACGCCGCUCCAUCGAGCUGACCGAGGAAGUAUUGGAGAUAUGCUUCAAGCUGAUUGAGAGUACGUCGGGCACGACAUACAAGAGCUCCAGCUUGGGAUGGCAUCCACGUGAGAAGAGGAAAGAGAUGGCCGAUCCGGAGAUGUGGUACAUGAUCGUUCAGGAUAAAGACGCUGAUGAGGGCGGACUCCAAUCUGAUGUUGAUGUCAACCCCGCUCUCUUCGUCGGCUUUCUUUCAUUCAAGCUCGAUUAUGACGAUCCUCCCAAUGACUGGCGGCGCGUCGGCUACAUCUACGAGGUCCAUCUCCACGACAAGGUGAGAGGCCGUGGCCUUGGUUCUUUCAUGGUAUCUCAGGCCGAGAAACUGGUCCACAGUACCGGAAUUGGCAAAACCAUGUUGACUGUUUUUACGAGUAACAACCCUGCUAGGAGAUGUUACGAGCGCUUGGGAUAUACGAUCGAUGAAGCCAGUCCUGAGGAUAGGGUCACCAGACGUGGGAUUAUACAUGCAGACUACAUGAUUCUGAGUAAAGUUGUGAAGUUGGACAAGGGCCACAGCCCGGCUAGUAACAAGUAGGUGCGUUGAGCAGCUGGUAUGUUAGAAUUGUCCGGGUGAGGAUGCGGCAAGGUAGUUUCUAAUGGCUUUUCACGCUGGUUCGAACGAGUCAAGAGUUCCCUCAUAACUCUGAAUCGAUUAGCUAGUACGAUACUCCCC